AUGGACCAGCACACACCAGACGGGCUACUCUUCAAAGACCAUGACUUCUCUUGUGACUUGCUGAAGCAGCUCAAUGAUUUCAGACAAAAUGGAGUCCUGACUGACGUGCGCCUCUGUGUGGGAGCCUGGGAGGUCCCCUGCCACCGAAAUGUGCUGGCCUCCAGCAGCCCCUACUUCAGGGCCAUGUUCUGCAGCAACUUCCGGGAGAGCAGAGAGGCCAAAGUCCACCUGAAAGGCAUCGACUCUGAGACCCUGGACCAAAUGGUCCUGUAUGUGUACACUGGGGAGGUGCAUAUCACAGCCCAGAACGUCCUGCCCCUGAUGGAGGCAGCCUCCAUGUUCCAGUACCCCAAGCUGUUUGAGGCCUGCUCCUCAUACCUCCAGGGACAACUGGCCCCCAGCAACUGCCUGGGCAUGAUCCGACUCUCUGAAAUCUUAAGCUGUGAGACCCUCAAGAAGAAAGCCAGGCAGGUGGCCCUGACAUAUUUUCCAGAGGUGGCUGCAUCAGCCGACCUGAAGGAGCUCUGUGCCUUGGAGCUGAGGGACUACCUUGGAGAUGACGGGCUGUGUGGGGAGGAGGAGAAGGUGUUUGAGGCCCUCAUGGUGUGGGUCAAGCAUGACCUCCAGACCCGGAGACGAUACAUGCAGGAACUGUUCAAGCAGGUCCGCCUUCAGUACAUCCACCCGGCCUUCUUCCACCACUUCAUCGCCAAUGAUGUCCUCCUCCAGUCCUCACCUUCGUGCCAGACCAUCCUGGAGACAGCCAAGAGGCAGAUGUUUUCCUUGUAUGGCACCACCAGUGCCCCAGACCUCCACUCUCCGUUGCACGCCCCACCAAGGAAUUCUUACCAAGACUUCCUCAUCCUCUUAGGUGGCAGGAAGGACAACCAGCAGACCACCAGGGAUGUUCUGAUCUACAGUGGACAGACCGGGCAAUGGCAACGCCUCACCAAACUCCCCAUCCGGUUGUACAAGGCCACAGCUGUCGCCCUGCACCGCAGCAUCUAUGUGCUGGGGGGCAUGGAUGUGGGCACUGGGAAGAACACAGCAAGCCACAGCGUCUAUGUCUUCUCCCUGAAGCUCAACCAGUGGAGCUUGGUGCAGCCCAUGCUGGCAGCCCGCUACUCCCACAGAAGCAUUGCCCAUAAGAACUUCAUCUUCUCCAUCGGAGGCAUUGGAGAAGGGCAGGAGGUCAUGGGCUCCAUGGAGCGGUACGACAGUGUCCGCGACAUCUGGGAGAGAAUGGCCAGCAUGCCGGUGGGGGUCCUCCACCCUGCUGUGGCCGUGAAAGACCAAAGACUCUACCUCUUUGGGGGAGAGGACAUCAUGCAGAAUCCCGUACGCCUUAUUCAGGUUUACCACAUUUCCAGAAACACGUGGUUCAAAAUGGAGACGAGAAUGAUCAAGAACGUUUGUGCGCCUGCAGUGGUGCUCGGGGAGCGGAUUGUCAUCGUGGGAGGCUACACCCGGCGGAUUCUUGCUUAUGACCCUCAGUCCAACAAGUUCGCCAAGUGCGCAGACAUGAAAGACCGGAGGAUGCACCACGGGGCCGCGGUCAUGGGCAACAAGCUGUAUGUGACUGGCGGCCGGCGGCUGACGACCAGCUGCACCAUCGAGGACUCGGCCGCCUUUGACUGCUACGACCCCCAGACGGACACCUGGACCUCCCAGGGGCAGCUGCCCCACCAGCUCUUCGACCACGCCUGCCUCAGUCUCCAGUGCAUACCCUACACUGGCCCCUGA